GCACAGCCUGGACCUUCUAAACAACGAUGACAACUACAAUAAAAAAAAUAGCUUGGCGUUGUGGCAGGCUCCUGUAGUCUGAGCUACUUGAGAGGCUGAUGCAAGAGAAUCACUUAGGCCCAAGAGUUUGAGGUUGCUGUGAGUUGUAACGCCAUGGCACUCUACUGAUGGCGACAUAGUGAGACACUGUCUCAAAAAAAAAAGAAAGAAAGAAAAUUAAGUACUUAAAUUAACUGAUAAGAUUUUCUGUUAGCUAUCUGUGUGAGACUCAUAGAACCCUUUUAGGGAUAACUGAAGAGUCCCCUGCCCACUUUGAAUCUGUAGUAUGAGGAGAGAGCCUGCCCUAGUGGAUAGUGGGAGUCCCUAGAUGGAAGGUGAGUUGGGGAAGGGACAGAUCAUUCUACUUGCGGGAUGGGAUCAUGGUAAGAACUUUUAGAUUCAGGAAGAAGGUAACUCUGGGAGGCUUAGAAUGUUCCAAAGGUGCUUUCAGUUAAUAGUCAUGCCCAGAAAGUGUUGGCUGGUUUAUAAAAACUGAAACUUAGGGCUUUCAAAAGAGUCCCAGCUUCUACUUAGAAAGUGAGCAAUUUGGGGCAAAACAACCACUGAAUUUGUUUCUUCAUUUUCAAAAUGAGAAUAACAAAAAAAAAACCUAUUCAGGGUGGUUAUGAGAAACAGUUGUGUGAUAUUUGGGGAAAUGAUUUAUAAAUUUUCAGCCACUAUAAAGUUGCCAUGGUUAAAAUAAUAAAAAAUUGAUUGACUACUUGAACAUUUAUGCAUUAAGAAACUCCUCAAAUAUAAACUAGAUAUCAGGCAGUUAGAGGUUCAGGGGUUAUGGUAAUUACUAAGACAAUGCCGUGGUCUCAAGGAGCUUGCGGUAACACAGAGUCAAAUAAUUGUAUUACCUGCCUGGAAUGUGUUGAUAGAUAUAGCAUUCCAGUUUGGAUAAUACAUUAUUUGUCACCCUGUAGUUGUAUUAGUUGUCUUGGCAGGACAUCAGAGAGGCAUCUGCCUCACCCAAAGAUCAGAAAGAACUUCCCAAAGAGAGUGAGCCAGACAUGGAAAAAAUUCUAACCAAAGGGAAUAGCAUGUGUGAAAAUAGAACGGUUUUUGCCAUAUUAGGUUGUUUGGGAUGAGGGGGAAUCUUAGAUUUAAGGCUUAAAAAUGGAAUUAACUUUUUUAUAUAAACAUUUUUUCUUUUUUUUUUUGGAGACGGUCUCUUUCUGUUGCCUGGGCUAGAGAGCAGUGGUAUCAUCAUAGCUCACUCAUUGCAACCUUAAACUCCUGGGCUCAAGCAAUCUGCCUGCCUCAGCCUCCUGAGUAACUGGGAUUACAGGUCUCUAAUUAUAGAAGAUGGCAAAGCCCAGCCACAGCAGCUACGUCCUUCAGCAGCUAAACAAUCAAAGAGAAUGGGGUUUUCUCUGUGACUGUUGUAUCGCAAUUGAUGACAUUUACUUUCAAGCACACAAAGCAGUUCUAGCUGCCUGCAGCUCCUAUUUUAGAAUGUUUUUCAUGAACCAUCAGCAUAGUACUGCACAACUGAAUCUAAGCAACAUGAAAAUUAGUGCAGAAUGUUUUGAUCUCAUUUUGCAAUUUAUGUAUUUAGGAAAAAUUAUGACAGCUCCCUCCAGUUUUGAGCAGUUUAAAGUGGCAAUGAACUACCUACAGCUGUACAAUGUUCCUGACUGCUUAGAAGACAUACAGGACUCAGAUUGUUCUAGUUCAAAAUGUUCAUCAUCUGCUUCCAGCAAGCAGAACAGCAAAAUGAUAUUUGGGGUAAGAAUGUAUGAAGAUACUGUGGCUAGAAAUGGCAAUGAAGCCAACAGGUGGUGUGCUGAGCCAAGUUCAACGGUAAAUACACCACAUAAUAGAGAGCCUGAUGAAGAGUCUUUACAAUUAGGUAAUUUUCCUGAACCAUUAUUUGAUGUAUGUAAAAAAAGUUCUGUGUCCAAAUUAUCUACUCCAAAAGAACGUGUGUCACGACGCUUUGGGCGGAGUUUUACCUGUGAUAGCUGUGGAUUUGGCUUUAGCUGUGAAAAAUUAUUAGAUGAGCACGUGCUAACCUGUACUAACAGACAUUCAUACCAAAACACAAGAUCUUACCACAGAAUAGUAGAUAUCAGAGAUGGAAAAGACAAUAACAUCAAAGCUGAAUUUGGUGAAAAGGAUUCCUCUAAAACAUUUUCAGCACAGACAGACAAAUACAGAGGAGACACAAGCCAGGCUGCUGAUGAUUCAGCUUCAACCACUGGAAGCAGAAAGAGUAGCACAGUGGAGUCUGAAAUGGCCAAUGAAGAAAAAAGCAGAGCUGCUGAGAGGAAAAGAAUCAUCAUCAAGAUGGAGCCAGAAGAUAUUCCUACAGAUGAACUAAAAGACUUUAACAUCAUCAAGGUUACUGAUAAAGACUGCAAUGAAUCCACUGACAAUGAUGAAUUAGAAGAUGAACCUGAAGAGCCAUUUUAUAGAUACUAUGUCGAAGAAGAUAUCAGCAUUAAAAAAAGUGGUAGGAAAACUCUAAAACCUCGCAUGUCCAUAAACACCGAUGAGAGUGGUGGUUUAGAAAGUAUUAGGCCCCCUAACAAUAGCAGUCCAGUACAAGAGGAUACUGAAAACGCAUCUUGUGAGCUGUGUGGCCUCACAAUAACUGAGGAGGACCUGUCAUCUCAUUACUUAGCCAAACACAUUGAAAAUAUCUGUGCAUGUGGUAAAUGCGGACAAAUACUUGUCAAGGGUAGACAGCUUCAGGAACAUGCGCAAAGAUGUGGAGAACCCCAAGAUCUGACAAUGAACGGGUUAGGAAAUACUGAGGAGAAAAUGGACAUGGAAGAGAAUCCCGAUGACCAGUCUGAAAUAAGAGAUAUGUUUGUUGAAAUGUUGGAUGAUUUUAGGGACAAUCAUUACCAGAUAAACAGUAUCCAAAAAAAGCAGUUAUUCAAGCAUUCAGCCUGUCCUUACCGAUGUCCUAAUUGUGGCCAGCGUUUUGAAACUGAGAAUGUAGUGGUUGAACAUAUGUCUAGCUGCCUAGAUCAAGAUGUGUUUAAGAGUGCCAUGAUGGAAGAAAAUGAAAGAGAUCAUAGACGAAAACAUUUUUGUAAUCUGUGUGGAAAAGGAUUUUAUCAGCGGUGUCAUUUAAGGGAACACUAUACCGUCCAUACAAAGGAAAAACAAUUUGUUUGUCAGACAUGUGGAAAGCAAUUUUUAAGAGAACGUCAGUUGCGACUGCACAAUGACAUGCACAAAGGCAUGGCCAGGUAUGUCUGUUCCAUUUGUGAUCAAGGAAACUUCAGAAAACAUGACCAUGUACGGCAUAUGAUUUCUCAUUUAUCUGCUGGUGAGACUAUAUGCCAGGUCUGCUUUCAGAUAUUCCCAAAUAAUGAACAGUUGGAGCAGCACAUGGAUGUUCAUCUGUAUACAUGUGGAAUAUGUGGAGCAAAAUUUAAUUUGAGGAAAGAUAUGAGAUCACAUUAUAAUGCCAAGCAUUUGAAAAGAACCUAAGUGAUUUUGCUACUGUAUUAAUGUUUAGAGGAUAGCAGACAAAACACCAAAGCUAAAGAUAUGGCUAUUUAGAAAUUGAUUUUAUAAGAUGAAUUGUUGGAAGAAAUCUCAAGGCCCUUUUACCUUUAAUAUUUUUGUUUUGGAUCUUAAGUAUUUACAUUUUAGGUGUUAAAUGUUUAUAAUUUUUAUUGUUUCUUAAUAGAAUUCAUUGUUUUUAGUUUUUCUUAGCUAUGAUUAAAAUUACUUUUAAAUGUAGACUACAAGUGGUUGUUACCCCUUCAAUGACUAUUAAACUUUAGUUUUUUAUCAAUAAGGUUAUGAGUUCACUAUUUCUAUGUGUUUCUUUUUAAAGGUUAUCCCAUGAAAUUUUAAACCCAACAUCAUUGGCCAUUCCUGCUUAUAUUUUUAAAAUUCCUUAAAGUAAUUAUUUGAAACUACCCCAUUCACUUUUAGGAUUUUGGUUUUUGUUUUCCAGUUGAACAGUGAGUUAGCUACUAUUUAUUCUCCCUAUUAUCAACAAAAUUCAUAUUUUUAAAUUGACAAACUUAUUAGGCAAGUUAGGUGCACUGAUUCUAACCUUCAAGGUUGACAUGGGCUCAAACUUGGCCUAAAAAGAUUGAUGGACCAGAGGAAAUCUUAUAAAUGAUUAUUUCCUAUAUUUGAUAAAAUAUUAUCAUUUAAUAAUCACACUUAAAACUUACAUUAAGUGUAAAUCUCAAUGACUUUUCCCUACUUGAAAAAUUAGUGGGGAUAAGCCAUUUUGUUUUGUGAUAUUAAAUUUAACUAUGAUAGUUAAUUAAAAAAGACAUAUAUUCAUUAAAAAUAUUUUAAUUUAAAACAUUCUGAUUUCUAAAGUGUGUUAGUUUAGCAACUAUUUUUGUUUAUAAAUAGAAUUUAAUAGCUCUCUAGGAAUAUGACAUCUAAAAGAAAAUGAUUUUUUCACCUUUAAAAUUACAUAAUUUUGGAACUUUGAGAUUGAGAAAGUUGCCAUGUAUAUCAAAUCUAAUAAAAGAAAGAAAUCAAUUAUAAAUCUGUUUUUUCUAUAAAAGAAUGCACAAAAAAGGUCUUGUAUCUUAUAUUUAAGAUUUGGAGAAAAUGUGUUUUAGCAAAUUAUAGUUUAUCACCAGGCUUUUUUUUUUUCUAUAAAGGACUACAAAAUUUGAGGACUAUAAAAUAAUCACAGAGCACAUACAUGGAAACAGUUUGUCAUUUUUCAGUUAAAGUAGUGUUGUUAGUUGUUGCUGACAUAGGGUCUACAUUAAUUACAUGUGAAUUAAAACACUGGCACCACCAAUAAACACGUCUGUUAAAUAGAAUAUCCUUUAAUGUGAAUUACUUGAAAUGUAAUACCCUUUUCAUUAUGAAAGGGAUUUUACUUAACUCCUGUAUUUAAAAACACAAUUUCAUAAUUAUAAACAGUAAUUUAAUAGCAUUGCUCUUUUUGUUCACAUCAUAUUUUUUAAAUAUGCAAAUCAUAUUUUAUAUAUAGUUUGCCUAAAUGAAUAAGUUGGCAGGAGAACUGAGACAUAUUGGCUAGUACAGAUUUAGUUGAAAUUAUUAGAGCACAGCAUGAGCUCAGAGAUUUGUAGGGUUAUGUUGCAGUGUUAGGAUAGGAAUAGCACAGAAAUCAGUACAGAAUUAAAAUAAUGUGAACAGGGGAAAUAUACAAAAAAAAAUGAGAAGUCAGGAAUUUUUCUAAAAAGCUACAUAGCAGAAAAAGUAGGAAAAAAGAUCCAUCCUAAUUUGGAUAUAGUUCAUCAAGUAAUGAAAUCUGAAACAAUUUAAAAUGAAAUAUGGUAUAUGCAUUACUGAUAGAAACUGAUAAAAGUUCUCUAACCCAGAGAGUUGUACUACGGAGAGUAGUAUAAAGAGAUAAGAUAAACCAAAUUUCUAAACUACAGUAUACAAUAUUUUAAUAGACAUAAUUUUCUUUGAGAUCAAGACCCUCAUCAAAAUUUCUGUUGCAAUGACUUUCCCAUCACUAAAGAAAUUGGGCUUUUCCUAAAUACUACCACUGUUAGGAUUAUUUAUUCCAUUAGGAAAGGGUGUUAAUUUAGUGUUUUGAUGUGUAAUAACAGCCAGCAAUUAGCAAGCAAAUACAUAAACAUUAAACAGUCUAAUUUUAGAUUUGAGAUGGUCAUAGUUUUAGAAAGCCACACUUAAGAAUGUUUUUUCCUAUUUUCAUGUUAAGUAGGACACAACUUUUUGUAUUUUGGAACUAGCUACAGGGCAAAAUAGGCUUCUAAGAGGAAUAUACCAUUUUCUUUGUAAUGGCUGUUUGCCUAUUAAAUUUAGAAUGAAAAAUACCCAACACUUCUCUCCAACCUAGUUUCCUUUCACCUCCCUCUUUUCUGGGUGGAGCUACAAAGUGCAACUCCUUAUUGCUACUUGCCCUCCUGGGUUUUGAAGGCAGUGAAUCAAGGUUGUGGAAGCUCUUUGCUCUUCUGCCUUUGUAACUAACCAUGUGUUUACUCUCCAAAUCUAAAAUUGAAAGGAAAACCUAGAUAUAGUAGAAUCAAGUUCCUCUUCCUGUCUCUCAAACACAGUGAGAUGCUUUUUCUUAAAGACCCUUUUAUUCUAAACAGCAGGAAAACCUGGAGGAAUGCUUAACAAUCUUGCCUUAAGUACCAGUACAGUGUGUUCUAUAAUUCUUUAGUAAAUAGGAGUAGUAAUCUCAGAAAUGAAUAAAGCCCAGCCAACGCAGCUAUAGAUUAGGACUCAGAAAUUUGCCUUACUCUUAAUAUUUU